AUUGCCAACUUCAGAUCCUUUUCAUCCUGCUUGCUUGCGGUGGUCAAAAUUUUUUAUCAAAAAUAUAAAAAAAAUGAUAGAUUUUCGUAAUAGUGAUCAAAAUGAUAAGAAUUCGACGAAUACGAAUUAUAAUCAAGAGGACCUUUCAAAAAUACCAGUAUCCCAUAAAACGUUGAUGCCACUUAGUCCAUAUUUGAAUUUUGAUCCAUCGUACUUACCACCGAGUCAGCCGGAAUUUAUUUUCCCCGAAGGAGCCGUGAAGCAACGUGGACGUUUUGAAUUAGCUUUUAGUCAAAUUGGAGGAACAUGUAUGGCAGGAGCGGCAAUUGGCGGUGUAACUGGAUUGUAUAAAGGAAUUUACGCCACUUCCCUUGCAGGACAACAGGGAAAAUUACGAAGGACUCAAUUAAUUAAUCAUGUGGUUAAACAUGGCGCAUCUAUGGCAAAUACUCUUGGUGUUGUAUCGGUGAUGUACACGUGUUUCGGCGUUUUCUUAUCCUAUGUUCGAGGACAUGACGAUUCGAUAAACACACUAGCAGCAGCGACAGCAACUGGAAUGCUCUUCAAAUCUACAGCGGGAUUGAAGAAAUGUGCAAUGGGUGGUGGAGUUGGACUUGGAAUCGCUUCACUUUAUUGCCUUUGGAGUAAUCGAGAGGCCUUCACGGAAUUCAGGCAUCACUCCAUGAAUCCGGCGUAAGACCUAUCUAAAUGACACUUUGGACGAAAAAUUCACGAAAAAAUUAGCAACGAAUUUCCACUAUUAUUGUAAAUAGAAAAUUGUCUCAUCAAUAAUGAAUUUCACAUUAUGCCGAAACGAAUGUUACGAUUCGAUGCGGUAUAUUUUGCAAAGAAUAGAAACGAAAAUGUAAAUAUUAAAUUUUUUUCUCUCUUCCAACGUUAUAAAAAAAUGUGAUAAAAAGUA